CCGGGGGCGGUGCGGGCGGCGGCUCCGCCCGGUGCCGGCUCCGGAAGCGUCGGUGCGGGCGGCGGUGCCGUUUCCUGCCCGGGACGUUGCGGAGCGGAGCGGAGCCAUGACGCACCAGACCGGCAUCCACGCCACCACAGAAUUAAGGGACUUUUUUGCCAAAGCCCGGAAUGGUUCGGUUCGGCUCAUCAAGGUGAUCAUCGAGGAAGAACAGCUCGUUUUGGGAGCACACAAGGAGCUGGCCCGGCGCUGGGACAUGGACUAUGAUGCCUUUGUGCUUCCCUUGCUGGACGAGCAGCAGCCGUGCUAUGUGCUGUACCGCCUGGACAGCCAGAAUGCCCAGGGCUAUGAGUGGCUCUUCAUCUCCUGGUCCCCUGAUAACUCCCCGGUCAGGCUGAAGAUGCUGUACGCUGCAACCAGAGCAACGGUGAAGAAAGAGUUUGGAGGGGGACACAUAAAGGAUGAGAUGUUUGGAACAGUUAAGGAGGAUGUGUCCCUAAGUGGGUACCAGAAGCACGUAUCAUCCUGCUCUGCGCCCGCCCCGCUGACUGCAGCUGAGCAGGAGCUCCAGCAGAUCCGCAUCAAUGAGGUGAAGACAGAGAUCAGUGUGGAGAGCAAGCACCAGACCCUGCAGGGCCUGGCCUUCCCCCUGCAGCUGGAUGCACAGCAGGCUAUCCAGGCACUGAAACAGAAGAAAAUCAACUACAUCCAGCUGAAGCUGGAUCUGGAGCGGGAGACCAUUGACCUGGUGCACACGAGCCCCACAGAGAUCACUGACCUGCCCAAGAGGAUCCCACAGGACUCUGCUCGCUACCACUUCUUCCUGUACAAGCACUCACAUGAGGGAGACUACCUGGAGUCUGUUGUGUUCAUCUACUCCAUGCCUGGGUAUAAAUGCAGCAUCAAGGAGCGCAUGCUCUACUCCAGCUGCAAGAGCCGGUUGCUCGACACCGUGGAGCAGGAGUUCUGUCUGGAGAUAGCAAAGAAGAUUGAGAUCGAUGACGGCGCUGAGCUGACAGCAGAGUUCCUGUAUGACGAGGUGCACCCCAAGCAGCACGCCUUCAAGCAGGCCUUCGCCAAGCCCAAGGGGCCUGUGGGGAAACGGGGACAGAAGAGGCUGAUCAAAGGGCCAGGAGAGAACGGCGAGGACAGUUAGAUCCAGAGGAGGCAGGGACGGGUGGUGAAUGGACAGCAUCCCCCUGACGUUUCCCAGCUUCCAACCCUUCGUUCCAGGCUUUUCUGCUGACCUGGGGAUCUUUCCCUCCACCUCAGCCUUCCCCUCCCCUUCUUUUCCCUUUUUCAUUCCUUUUUGAGCAUCAGGACGGGCUGUUUCUCCCGGCGCAGAGCGGUGGGAUGGGGACAGGCUGUGGGCGUUUGUGUUUCUUUCUCCAUGUCCUUGUGUGAGCCUGGGGGCAACUGGGGAAGCAUGGGAGCAGUAGGACCGUGUCCCCAGCCUACUCUGGUCCCAGCUGCAUCUUUCUCUUGGUUUACCUGUACUGAGAGGAGGACUCACUCACCUAUGAGCUGCUCUAUGCAAAGGAAGGACCUGGCACCUGGUGUUGAUUUAAUAGCAGAUAACAUUAAAUGCUUCUUUUCCUCCUC